AUGUUCCUGCGACGACUUAGUGGCUGGCUACCUCGCCCCUGGGGCCGCCGGAAACCAAUGAAACCUGACCUGCCUGCCCCAGAACCCAGACCAGUGGACAGCUCCUCUGAGAAUUCAGGGAGUGACUGGGAUAGUGCCCCAGAAACCAUGGGAGAUGUGGGGCCUCCCAAGGCCAAAGACCCAGGGGUACGGAGGAGCUGUGGGGCUGCUCCACAGCCAAGCAGGGAGUCCCAAGAUGAGCAACUGGGAAGCAAAAGAAUGGAUUCCCUCAAGUGGGACAAGACUAUCUCUAACACUCAAGAGUCUGGGAGACUGGAGACUGGAGGGACCAUUCCCAAACUUGGACGGGAUCCUGUGGACUCAAGUGGCACCAGGAGAUCUGGAGUGUCCCCUGAAGGGGGACUGAGCCCCACCAGGCCUGAAGCCCCAGUGGAGAAGCCAGGGCAGCAUCAGAAACUGCUGGGCUGGCUACGGGGGGAUCCAGAUGGGGGAGCAGGGGCUCCCUUGCAGUACCUGGGGGGCCCAGAGGAGUGUCUGCAGAUCUCAACCAACUUGACUCUGCACCUGCUGGAGCUGCUGGCCUCAGCACUGCUGGGGCUGUGCUCAAGGCCUCUGAGGGCAGCUUUGGACGCGUUGGGCCUGCGUGGACCCGUGGGCCUCUGGCUGCAUGGGCUGCUGUGCUUCCUGGCUGCCCUGCAUGGGCUCCAUGCUGUGUUGAGCCUACUUACUGCUCACCCCCUGCACUUUGCCUGCCUCUUUGGUCUCCUACAGGCCCUAGUGCUGGCUGUCAGCCUCCGGGAGCCCAGUGGGGAUGAGGAGGCCACUGACUUGGAGGGUGAGAAGUUGGAGAGGGAGGGUGAGGAGUGGAGGGGAGAUCCGGGAAAGGGGCUGUGA